AUGUCUACUUCGAAACCCAUCUCCUCCUUCCGACUCACCUCUCUCCUCCGCUCUCAGAAAGACCCCUCCCUGGCCCUUCAACUCUUCCUCAACCCAAACCCUAACCACCCCUCCGUCCGUCCCUUCCGCCAUUCCCUCCGCUCCUAUGACCUCAUUAUCACCAAACUUGCCCAAGCCAAAAUGUUCCCCCAAAUGGAACAGCUCCUCAACCAACUCCACACCCAAACGCGCUUCCCUACCCCCGAACCCCUCAUCCGCCACGUCAUCNCUGCCUACGCGCGCGCCGGCCUCCCAUCGCGUGCCCUCCGCACCUUCCUCUCCAUCCCCGCCCCCUCNCUCCGCUCCUUCAACUCCCUCCUCCACGCGCUGCUCGCCUGCCGUGACUUNGCCUCAUUCACNCGCCUCCUGCCGCACCUCCCCCGCUUUCGCGGUCCCGACGCNUGCUCCUACAACAUCCUCAUCCACGCNUGUUCUCUAACNGACGACCGNGNUCGGGCNUGGAAGCUGUUCAACGAAAUGCGUAGGCGAGGCGUUCGUCCGAAUCAAAUUACGUUCGGAACUCUGAUUAACUUGCUGUGCAAAAGCCCUCAAUUGCACCUUCCCCAGGCGUUUAAGGUGAAGGANGAGAUGGAUANGNUUUUUAAAAUUAAGCCUAAUGNUUUUGUGUACACUAGUUUGAUUAAAGCUGUUUGCGAGGUGGGUGAUUUUGAUUCCGCNGUUAGGUUGAAAGAUGAGAUGGUGAGGAACAAUUUGAAGCUUGAUGCUGUGGUGUACAACACUUUGGUUUCAGGGUUUUUAAAAGGAGGGAAGAAGGAUAUAGGAUUUAGGGUUUUGGAGGAAAUGAAGAUUGGUGGUGUGAAGCCGAAUUCUGUGACGUGUAAUGUGUUAAUUGGGGAGUUUUGUAGGGAGGGGAAGUUUGAAGAGGCUUAUAGGAUUUUGAAUGAUGGGUUAGAGGGUGUGAAGCCUGAUGUUUUUGGCUACAAUGUGGUUAUUGGUUGGCUGUGUAAAGAGGGGAAAUGGAGGGAGGCUGAUGAUUUAUUUGGGGACAUGCCAAGGCGACAGUGUGUUCCUGACGUUGUGACUUACCGCACCUUGUUUGAUGGGCUUUGCCAGUGUAUGCAGUUUGAGGAAGCUGGGUUGGUUUUAGAGGAGAUGAUUUUCAAAGGCUAUGUUCCUCGUUCCUCCAGUUUGAAUGAGUUUGUUGGUAUGGUGUGCAAGGAAGGGGAUUUUGAGUUACUAGGGAAGGUUUUGAGUGGUUUGGUAGGUGGGGGAUUUUACUGUGAGGAUGUGUGGAAAACUUUGGUCUUAUUGGUUUGUCAAUCGGAAGUCGGGAGCUUUUGA